AUGGAGCCUCGCCGUCUCUUACCCGUCUUGGCCUUGCUCCUGCUCUCCGUGUCGCUGCUUCCCCUCGCUUCCUCUCGUAGAUUUCCGCCGCAGACUAAAGGUCCCCCGAAAAUCCCAAAGCAACUCGACUGCAGUAAGACGUCGUGGCCUGAGGUGCUGGGUAUGACGGGCGACGCGGCUCGCACUUACAUACAGUCGUCUGUGCCGCAGUGCAACUGGAACAUCGAGAUCAUCCCGAGUGCGCAUAAGGUUAUCAUGGAUUAUCGCGACGAUCGCAUUCGCAUCUUCGUGGACUCACGCGGGAUUGUUCAGAGAAUCCCCAUAGUAGGGUAA